AUGACGCAAGCAUCUUUCCCCUUUGACCUUCUUCAUGCUGAAAUCAUCAACUACGCGAAGGAAAGCGAGGAACGACGCAAUGCCGCCAAACAGGAAUGGAAACAGGUUAUGGAUACAUGCGUUGAUAUGGCUGAACUCGACAAAUAUGACGCGCUGGUUCAGUUGGCCUUCGCUCACAAUUCAUAUAUCACCCAGUUGGAAUCAAUGGGCUAUCGAGUCGGGUACGUAAUGGCUGAAAGAGUAUCGAAAGAAGCUCCGAAGCUGCUUAAUGAAUUAGAUAUCGUCAAAUUUAUUUGCAAAGAGUUUUGGUCAUCAGUGUUUGGUAAGCAAGUGGACAAUCUAAGGACGAAUCACCAGGGAGUCUACGUUGUGCAAGACAACAAAUUCUGUACAUUGCGACCAUUAGCUGAGGGACAGCAGUUUGUCCGUGAUGCUGGAGCUCUAGUCGCAUUUCCGUGUGGAGCAGUCAGAGGCGCUUUGGCGAAUCUUAAUGUGAAUGCCGAAGUGACAGCAACUGUAGAAACCCUUCCUGCUGUGAAAUUCAAUAUCCACAUCGCACAGCGAACGUAAUUGAAGUUAAAUAGUGGUAACUGCUUCUUAUAUGGUCUACAUAAUUU